AGUCUUCCCCUUCUAUUCCCACAUUUCACAUUGGCACUUCGACGGGAGCGCAGUAGGUUACAAACACCCCGCAGACUUUCAAGUUUCAACUCAGCUCUCUCUCCGUCGGCCAGCAAUUUAUGGUUAGGGUUCGUACUUGUUGUCUGAAGAAAGGGGAAAUUUUGAUUCAAUUCCGUAAUUCCCUUCGUGGGUUUAUGAAAAACUACGAAAGAUAGCCUUUUUCUGGUCAUUUGCGAUUGAUCCAGGAUUUUCUGAUUUGUUAGGGCACUCAUAUAUGGGGACAUCUUCGGGAUCUCACUUCAAUCACCAACCCUCACCGAGAAUGCUGCCUCCUCGUCAACAGCCAAGGUCAGGUGGACUUCAGACUUCCUUAUCACUUGUAUCACCAGAUGCUUGUGGAUCUCCUAAUUUUCAGGAGAGGGGAUCAAAUUCUGAUCAAAUUCGUGAGUCCCCAUCAGAAAGUGCUAGUUCACGAGAAACGUGGCCAACCGCUGAUGCUUUGAUGGGGAAAAAAGUGGACAAGGAUAAGGAAAGGGAGAAUGGCUUUGCUGAACAUUCUGUUGUUCGACAUAUCUCAAGUUCCGAAACCAUGACUCUUCGUGAUUUGGCCAGAGAAAGAGUGGAUGUAAUAGCAGAGAGGAUGCAACAUCUUCCGGAUGAGUUUCUUGAAAAAUUCAAGAACGAGCUUCGUGUACUUCUUGAAGGGCUAGGUGGUUCUCAGCACAGAGAGGAAUUUCUGUUUCUUCAGAAGCUGGUUCAGAGUAGAGGUGAUUUGACUGAUAAAACACUGAUUGUGGCACAUAGAAUCCAGUUAGAAAUCUUAGUUGCUAUCAAGACUGGAAUUCAGGCAUUUCUCCAUCCAAGUGUCAGUUUGUCUCAGGCUUCUCUUAUUGACAUUUUCUUGUAUAAGAGGUGCCGAAAUAUAGCAUGUGGAAGUGCUCUUCCUGCAGAGGACUGUACAUGCGAGCUGUGCUCCAAAAGAAAUGGGUUCUGCAACCUCUGCAUGUGUGUGAUAUGCAACAAGUUUGACUUUGAGGUGAACACUUGUCGAUGGAUUGGCUGUGACCUGUGCUCUCAUUGGACUCAUACUGAUUGUGCUAUUCGCAAUGGACAGAUAGGUAUGGGCCCUAGUGUAAAAAAUGGUGCAAGCUCAGCAGAGAUGCUUUUCCGCUGCCGAGCUUGCAGUAGGACAUCUGAAUUGUUAGGGUGGGUUAAAGACGUGUUCCAGCAUUGUGCACCAAGCUGGGAAAGGGAUGCUUUGUUAAGGGAGCUUGACUUUGUGCGGAGAAUAUUUCGCGGCAGUGAGGAUAACAGGGGCCGAAAAUUGUUGUGGAAGUGUGAGGAACUCAUUGAAAAACUGAACUCAGGGGUGGCAGAACCUAUGGCUUGCAAAGCAAUCCUGAUGUUCUUUCAAGAGCUUGAGGGAGACCCUGCAAAGGGCCAAGAAAGUGAAGAAGGUGGUCGCCUUAUAGCUCCGCAGGAGGCAUUCAAUAAGAUUGCUGAUGUGGUGCAGGAGGCAAUCAGAAAAAUGGAAAUGGUUGCGGAGGAAAAGAUGAGGAUGGUUAAGAAAGCUCGGUUAGCUGUUGACGCCUGUGAUCAGGAGCUCAAGGACAAAACAAGGGAAGUAGCAGCACUGCAGAUGGAGAGGCAAAGGAAAAAGCAACAAAUCGAUGAGCUUGAAAGCAUCGUGCGGCUUAAACAGGCUGAGGCUGAUAUGUUUGAGCUCAAGGCAAAUGAAGCCAGAAGGGAAGCAGAGCGGUUACAAAGGAUUGCACUAGCCAAGACCGAGAAGUCAGAAGAGGAUUACGCUAGCAGGUAUCUUAAACAACGAUUGAAUGAAGCUGAAGCAGAGAAGCAGUUUCUGUUCGAGAAGAUUAAGCUUCAAGAGAGCUCAAGGGCAUCACAAAGCAGUUCUGGGAUGUAUUCCAAAAUACAAGACCUGCUCAAGAACAUGUGAAAUUCCAUAAUUUAUUCGUGUAGUACUAGAAUGUUCAAUGUUUUAACUCUUGAUACAUUUUGUGGCCUUUGUGCAUUAUUCCGGGGUCUCAACGAGUUUGUUUCUUUUUGUUAGUUGCCUGGAGAGAACAAAAGGAUGCAACAAGAGUUGUUGUAAAUGUAUAUUAACUUUAUAGUAGUAGUACGGAUGGCAUUGUGUGCAUCAUUUCUUGGAUUUGCCCGUAUUA